AUGGCGCUUCUAUCCAUGACCCUUCUCGAGAUAUUGUGCGCCAAGUACAACGAAGCAGAAUACCUUCUACUAGAAGCCGAAUAUCUCAUUCGCACUCGAGGGCUGCCCGCAUCCCGCGACUCUACCACGUUGCGCACGCUCCAUCACGUAUACACCUACCUGCGCAUCCUGACCGAGAGCACCUGCGGCUGCAUCCUACGAAACAUUUGCCCCGCGAAACCUGGGUCGCGGUACACUCUCGUUACCGGGGAGUCUCGACACACGCUGCGAAGCUUCCGUGUUGCGGACCAGAGCACCGAGACAGACUUGCGCAUGGACGUUGAGAAGCGCGCCCCGGCGGCACUCGACGACAUACACCUCGAAGUGAUGGGUGAUUGGAAGGGUUCGCUAUUCCCGCAGCUGUACGGGCUGCCCGAGAGCCUCUUAGGUCUGCUAUCGCAGACGAUCCGGUUGGCGAAUGAGCAGGAGCUGCUGCAGCGUGAUGUCGAGAUCGACGCGAGCAUGGUGGCGAACCUGUACCGACGGACAAAGGUCCUGGAACACAACAUUCUUUCUUGGAAGAUGCCGGGUGAGGGUACCCAGAGACGGAAUCCUGGCCUUUCAGUGGACGAGAGUCCUGCAAGAGACUCGGGUGGCCAGCUCAGCCCGAGUUUGACUACGACGUUCCACCAAGCUGUCAUCCUAUUCUACUACCGACGUGUGCAGAACAUCAAUGGGUUGAUGCUACAGGACAGGGUGCGAAAAGUACUAGACGGCUUGUCCGCGGCGGAUGAAACGCAUGAAGCGGCGUCCUUGCUCUUCCCUGCAUUUCUCGCGGCAUGCGAGGCUAUUGACACGCCACUUCGUCAAGGCCUCAGCGAUUGGCUUAGUGACAUGGAAGAGAAAGCUAAGAUCCCAGUAUUCGACACGGUGGCGGAGCUGGCGAGGCAGCUGUGGGCACUGAGAGAGGAGAAGCAGGAUUACACUCUGAGCUGGUUUGAUGUGACGAGCCUGGGGAGAUGUCCCAUCGUGGCGCUAUGA